AUGGGUUCGAAAACAUCAACAGAAAAACAUCAACAAAAACAUGCACCAUCAUUAAAUGAUCAAAACUACGAUUCAAAGCGUAUCCGAACGGCUACAAUAUCGGAUCAACAAAGAUACAUUACUGGUAAGAAUGUUCCUCAUAUUUCUAGUGAAGAAAAACCAAAUUUUCAAAAGCAUUCCCAAUUAACAACUGCAUAUCCUAAGAAACAAAAUGAUCAACAAGAAACGGUAUACGAAUCAUCUUUGAAUCAUAAAAGUCAUACAAAAAAAACAGUUCGCCCUAAUUCAAAUAUGGAAAAACAAAAACUUGGCCUAAGAAAAAGUCAAUCAUUUAAUAAUUUAUCGCAUCGAACAACUGUUGUUACAGCUGAACAAUUAUUAAAUCGUCAUGUUAAACACAAACACAGGAAUACAUCACCAUCUUCUGAAAUAAUUGCACAAGUAUUUAAAGGAAAAACCGGAGAAAAAUCAUCGUUGCCACCAGAUUUUAAAACAAUUUCUUCAACUAUCUCAAAAAAACAAAUUUCACCAAAUCUUCAACUUGCCUUGAUUCAACCAAAUGAACUUCAAGUAAAGUAUUUGAAAUUUGUAUUCAUGCUAGACAAAUAG